GAACCGAAAGCCGUAAUCUAGAAGCAUGUUGUAUUAAUUGACUCGUUCAAAAUCCUGGGCAAAACGUCUUCUGUUCAUUCUUGAAUUCAAUCUUCUUUUUCUCCUUUUCUUUUGCCAACCAAGUUGAGAAGAUUUAGCUCCGGCCAUUCUUGAAAGAAAAUGAGUAUAUAAACCCCCGUUGAUAAACCUCGAAACUCACUUCAACUGCAAAAACAAUUUAACCUCAUUGUUUUUCAGUACAUCAGAGAGAUCUUUUGAGAAUAUUUUAGCGAAAUGGCAGGACUGAGGUAUGCCGGAAUGGUGUUGCUGGUGAUAGCUGCGACCAUGGCGAUGACCGAGGCCAAGACUACUGUUGUUGGUGGAUCUGAGAACUGGCGUUUCGGCUACAACUACACUGACUGGGCUCUUAAGAACAGUCCCUUCUACAUCAACGACAAACUAGUGUUCAAGUUCGAUGCUCCCCACAACGUGUACUUGCUGCCCAACCUUUAUAGCUACAUCAAGUGCGACUUCAGGGGUGCGAAACUUCUCUCCGAUGCGCCAAACGGCGCUGGAGAAGGGUUCGAGGUCGUGCUGAACCAAUGGAGGCUGUACUACUUUGCUUCCUCUAAUGACAAGGACUGCUCCGAUGGCUUGAUGAAGUUCUUCGCCAUGCCGCUACCUCAUUGGGAUUGAUUGGGAUG